AGGAAAUGCUUGGACGGUGUCAAACAUUUAUUUUGUGGAUACUGGGCAGGUUCAGUCGAGCGAGUUUUGUUGUUUUUGGCUGAACGGUUUUAUCACGACCCGGUCCGCUCUGUCCUGCUCUGCUUUCGCUGUGUUCAUACCGUCAACGCGCAGUUGCUGGAAGUAGUCGGUUACGCAAUUAUUUGUGUGUGAGACAUUGACUGAGUAGCUUUAAGUAGCUAGCUAGGUGGCUAUCGAGGGAAGGGAGCGAAAGUUUUUGUGGUGUUGAGUUGAAUAAGUGCCUUAUAGAGUGUGUAGUGGGAUAUAACAUUUGUGGUUCGAAUGGCGUUAGUGCUGACAGCGUUCAGAAGAAUAGCCCACGCUGGGUUACGUGACUAUGCGCGGAGGAUGGUGGUAAAUUGUGGGGCUCCUCGACGGACGGGUCACAGGAGUUUCGUAACGGGGACGCAGCCACUGAGAGAUGGUGAGAAGAUAACAGUUGAAGGAUCUCCGGGAGACUCUCUGCUUGACGUCGUCAUUAACGAAGACCUUGACUUUGACGGCUUUGGAGCAUGCGAGGGAACGCUGGCGUGCUCCACCUGCCAUCUGAUCUUCGAUGAGGACGUCUAUAAGAAGUUGGGGCCGGUCACAGACGAGGAGAUGGACAUGUUGGACUUGGCGUACGGCCUCACUGACACGUCGCGUCUGGGUUGCCAGAUCUGCCUGAGCAGGUCCUUGGAGGGGAUGGUGGCCCGUGUCCCAGAGAGCGUAGCCGACAUCAGACAGAGUAAAGACGGCUCCUCUUAGCGUGACGUCGUACGGUGUACAGAUACACAGCGGCGAUGGUAGGUCCGCUUUGUUUGCUAGUUGUCGUUUGCAACUAAACAAGCACGUGGACGCAAGUGACAUUUUUAGAAUUCGGUAAUGGAAUGUUGUAACGUAACGUCACGCUUGAAAGGACAAACUGUGACAAGCAAAAUGGUGACGGCCUGUGACUGACAUGCAAAUGUUUUUAUUGUAAUUCCACCAUGUGCGCAUCGCCCCCAUUUCCUGAUCAGUUUGAUGCCAACUUUCAUGUAACCAUGUGAUUGUACAUAGCUAGGACACAUUUAUACAGUAUAUAUAAGGGUUUGGGUCAAGACAAAAAUAAAGUCAUAAAAAAGUCAGCUUUCUCAUGGCAAGUUAACGUGCAUUUGAUAUUAUACAUUGGUGGGGAAAAGCCUUGCUCUUUUUCAACACAUUGGGAGAGAGAAAAUGAUGUUCUACUACGGGAAAUUACAUUGAAGGUUAACUGACUCAACUUCUGUGCAAGUUUUAUAAAUGUUUUUCCAAUCCGAACAAUGGCAAUUUUAGCAGUUGUAUUUGGCCAUGACUUGCAUAUUUCAUAGACAAAAUAGGUUAUUCACACGAGCUUUCAUCUAAUUUGCCCAUACCCAUUCAUCUGCACGCACGGACAAGAAGCGAUAAUGCAAUGCAAAUAGUACGUGCAGUAUGUCAAAAUGUCCACUAGGGGGCAAAGGUUUCGCUUUGACAGUCCGUCAGUCGACUCAAAUGCAUUGAUAAACUUCUACAUUCGGAUGGCCAUUAACUGUACAUAUUAGAUAACAACCAUAGUUUAAAUGAAAUCUAUUAUAUGUUUAUGCUUAACAAAGACUGUUGUAUACAAUUUUCCAACUUAAGAUGCUCAAGCUACAAGUGACUUUCAUUUUCAUACAUUCUUGCCAAAGGUACUAAUAUUCGUCACUGGUGAAUAUGUUUGUAUUUGCGCUGGCAGAGUUAUUUUCCAGGCUUUCUUGCUGAGUUAAGGACAAUCUGCGGUCUUUCCUCAGCCAAGAGUUGGGGUGGAGGCUCCUGCAGCUUUUCAAGGUCCCCCAUUUACUCUCUUUACGACUCGUCCCCUGCUCCUCAUGUCUGCCUGAUGUCUGAGCACAGCUCGUGGUGAAGGAUGUGGAGGGAGUGCAUGCCUUGGUUGCAUAUCGUCUGCUUAAUAUGUAGGUUUGUGUCGGUGCAGGGGAGGUGGGGUUAGAGGACAGGCUAGAGGAGCUGGCUUCCAGGGCUGCUGAUGACCUCCUCCGCCUCUGGUGAAGCCCUGCCUCUGCUCUGUGACUGGUCGGCUUUGAGGGGUACUCAUCUUUGUUGUCGUCAUCCUCGCCGGUGAGGCCAUCUGUGCUCGCCAAAAAGCACGACUGAAUCUUGGCUGCAUACACAAGUGCUGGUUCCGAGCGGCGACGCGGCCUGUGCACACUAUGUGGGGAAAGGGAGUCCGGGGUUGAGGCGGGGUCCACAGGCGGUGCCUCUUGGCUGGGGCAGGAGGUUCCUGAGUGCAGCCUCCUCCCUCUGCUCCCUCUCAGCAGCUGCCCGUUAGGGUGCAGUGUGUCGGGAUCGGUGUCCUGGUCGUAGUCGCUGAAGGUGAGGACCGAGUCCAGACUCCCUGGUUUGGAUCUGAGACGUCUGCUGCAAAAACUUGGUGAGCCGCCACUGCUCGUGUCCAACUCAUUUUCUAGACUGUCGUAGGACGAGUCUGUCAGAGGAUACAUCCACUUUUCUGAAAACCAGGGAGAGGUGACACAGGUCAUGUGCAUACCCUAAAACUAAUACUUUUCAAAGCAUUUUUUGUGUAAAUUACAGCAUUCAGGCUAAAGACACCCAGGCCCUCUCACAUGUGCAAAACAAAUAACGUAUGUGUUGUAAUCAGCUCUCCCAAAAGCAUGUAGGAAAGUAUAUCCACAGUUGAAGCACAUUUUGGCCCCAAUUCCAAAAUGUAAGACAUUGCACAUGAGCAGACUGAUCUGCUGUAAAUCCUAUGCCGAUACACUAUGACACAUAUUUCAUAAGUUUGGGGUGUAGUACCAGAUCCUGUCUCCUCGUCAGCGCAGAGUCUUUGUGGCAAACCUCCAAACAGAGAGGAAGGCUCCUCUCCCAGAAUCUGCUGGCAGUGUUCUAUCAUGAACUUCACCAAGUCACACACCUGCAGCAGACCACAUCAAGAAAAACACAUUCAAUGACAUUUGAUGACAUUUCAUUAGUCCUGUCCAUCAAUCAUAUUUAGGACCCAUUUAUGGGAAAUAUAUUUUUAAAACUAAAUCAAAUACUUUUUUUUUUUUGGAUCAUAUUUUCAGAAAAGGUACAGGUGGUCCUCAGUCUACACACGAGUUCCAUUCCUCCGACUGUGAUGUAAGUUGACUGUUAGUGUACAGUAAAUCGAAACUUAUAGCUAAAUUAACACCUAAAUCAGUCACACUGAACACACAAAUGACAUUAAAAAAAUACAGUAAUAAAAAGAUGGAAU